AUGUCCUUUGAAGAUCAGGGCUAUGGUUACAAUUCUGAAGAAUUGAAGACUCCUCCUUCAAGUGGGGAUGAGGAGGUUGAGAGGGAAGUGUUUCCGAAGUUUAAUGAGGAGAAUACCUUUGGUCAUGUACAACAUGAGCUUGGAAUGGAGUUUGUCAGUUUGGAGCACUUUAAAAAUGGUGUCAAAGACUACAAUAUAAGUCUUGGGAGGCAAUUUAAAUGGGUUAAGAAUGACAAGUUAAGAGCAAGGGCCAAAUGCUCAAAUGAAAACUGUUACUAUGGAGGGCAGCUCUUGAGUGCAGUGGGAGAAGAUGCAAACAAGAGCUUUUAUGUCAUUGCUUUUGCAAUGGGUUUGAUACCAGCAUUACAGGAGGUUAUGCCUAGUGCCCAUCACAGGUUUUGUGUGCAGCACGUGUGGAAGAAUUUCUUUAAGCAAUGGAAGGACAAAGCCAUUAGGGGAAUAGUAUGGGAGGCUGCACGAUGCACUACUGUGCCCCAAUUUCAAAGAACAAUGCAGAAAUUGAAGGAGUUGAAUGAAGAUGCUUGGACAUACCUUCACAAGAUUGACCCCUCAUGCUGGGUGAAGGCCUAUUUUAGUCACUGGCCCAAGUGUGACAAUAUAACCAACAACAUGGCUGAGGUGUGGAAUGCAAAAAUUAUAGGAUACAGGUCGAAGCUCAUUGUCAGCCUAUGUGAAGAACUUAGGUGCUAUAUCAUGAGUAGGAUGGCUGCCCAUCAAAGAAUUAUUGGAAUAGUUAGGGGUAAAAUUGCCCCAUCAAAGAAUUUUAAGCAAUUCCUGGACCCCAACAUGGACAGGGAAUUUGGACUCACUGGAUUGCCAUGUGAGCAUGCAAUCGCUGCAUUAUGUCACAAGAAUGAACCAGCAGAGCUUUAUGUCCAUCAAUGGCUGACAGUGGAUGCUUUGCAUGCCACUUAUGCACACACCUUAAACCCUGUCAAUUCUGAUAAGUAUUGCCCUGCAUCAUCCGAGCCUAAACCCAUUCCUCCACCACUCAAAAGGCCAAUUAGCCGUCCCAAAAAACAUAGGAAGAAGGAUCCAACUGAGGAGCAUGACAGCAACACCAAAAAAUUAAAAAGGACAUAUGCUGCAAAGUGUGCUAAAUGCUGCAAGGAGGACCUUAUGUGA